UAUAACUUGAUUUAUUUGAUAACAGACGUAAUAAUAUAUACAUUUAAAUAAUCAAUACAUCAAUGUCCAUUGAACACUUAACGAAAUUCUGUUCUCUUUGACAUUUAGAACACAUGCCUUUACUAUAAAUAGGUUUUGACAGCAAUAGAGUGUGACUGUUGCAAUUAGCCGGUAAGCCGGAACAAAUAAUCAGACCAAUUUAAAUAAUACACGAACAGUAUCUAUUAUUUACAGCACUUGUUCUUUUAUUUUUUUUUCAUUUUUUUUUUUUUUUAGUUAUUUUUUCAAAAUAUUUGAGUUAUCGAUUUAUAAUCAGUUUCAAAUUAAACUGUCAUAAAUAUAAUAGGUAUUUAUGGCGAAAAUCAAUAAGAAACUCCAAGAGACGGUAAGACCGUACAAAAGACCAAAUUUACCGAAGGCCGCCGUCAACAUUUUAACUCGUUGGCUUGAAGAAAAUUGCACCAACCCCUAUCCAUCUGAGUCUACUAAAAAAAUAUUGAUGGAAGUCACCAACCUAACAAAAAACCAAAUUUACAACUGGUUCAUAAAUAGUCGUCGCAGGAUCCUUCCAAACAUAUUAAAAGAAAAAAAUGUGGACAAAAGUCUUAUUUUACUGAAAAUUAAAAAGUUCACGUGUUUCAAUAGCAACAGUUUCGCUAACCAUUUUGAAAAGACAACUAAAUGCACAGAAAAUAAAGAACUAUCUUACGCGAAAAGGAACAUUGAGCUCAAAAACGAAAAUUACAAUUUGCAAUUACUCGCCGAGGUCGCAACACAAUUGCCACGGAUUAAAUGCACAUAAAAAAUAAAAAUAAAAUUGCAUAGAAUAUUGUAAUAUAUCAAUGCAUUUCGCGUCCAUCUUAAAUAUACUACGUUCAAGUGAGUCUAGUCAGUAGGUUUAUAUUAGAGCUCUUAAAACACGUGUCGUGGAAUUCACGUGUACACGUGAAAUACAUGUUUAUCCA